UUUAACCAACGUAUAUACUUACUACAUACAUAUAUCCAGCGAGGAAAUUAAUGGAAAUCGCAUAAAAAUUUGGAAAAUUUCAACACGAAUUUCAAGGAACAACGCGACGUAACGAUACACCAUGGAUUUUCUAUUGAAAAAUCCAGAAGACGAAAAUGUACAUUUUAUCGAUGAUAGCGAAUACAAGGGCACCUGGAAUGCGCUGGGCAUGGAGGGAAUCGGGAAAUACGUUCUACCUCAUAAUGCCAUGUUCGAAGGAGAGCUCCGCGAUAGUACUUUUCACGGUCAUGGUAGCAUGUAUUGGAUUCGUGGACAAAGGAUGGACGGUGUUUGGUACCGCGGUCAAUGCAACAAAACCCGAUACAUCUUUAACGACGGAUUGACGUUUCGUAAAAAAAAUUGGAAAUACUGCAAAUUUCCCGAUAGGCGAUACUAUGCCUGCCUAAAGUAUGGAUUAAGACCUGCCGGUGCAACCUUGCGUACAAAUAAUCAAGCCGGACUUGUCAUCCCUCCUAACUGUUACGACGCGGGCAUUGGAAUUUUUAAUCCACGUACGAAUUGUAUCGUAUCGUAUCGAAAUCCGAACAAGGUACUUGAAAUACCAAACGACGCGUUCGUUCGAUGGAUAGAAAGCAAUUGUCUGAAGGCAUGGUCCGAACCUACCGGUUAUCGAGAAGAUCUAUAUGAAAAUUGGUAUUUGACGAAUUUCGAUACGGCCAUUCUUUCAAAGUUACUGCCUUUUUCGAACAAUUCCUCCGAUUCUUGGUGGAGAAGAUUAUCCACUUUUCAAAGGGACCUUACACGAAACGAAGAAAAACUGAAAACUAAUUGCUUCUCUGUCAAAUCGGAUACGUUUCAAAUGGAUAUUUAAGAAAGAAAAAAAGGUACUUGCAACGUUUAAACGAU